CGUGGCCUGGGCUGGGAGACGGUGGGCUGAGCCGCCGAGACUCCGGAGAGCCCGCCGCCCGCGCGAGGUGUAGUCGGGGCACUGCCUACAGAGCAGGUCCUGCCAGCCUCGCUGGAGAGGAUGCCCCCGUGUCAGUGAUGGGCUGUGGGACAAGCAAGGUCCUUCCUGAGCCACCCAAGGAUGUCCAGCUGGAUCUGGUCAAGAAAGUGGAGCCCUUCAGUGGCACUAAGAAUGAUGUAUACAAGCACUUCAUCACAGAGGUGGACAGUGUUGGCCCUCUCAAAGCUGGCUUCCCAGCUACUAGUCAGUAUGCACCUCCCUGCCCUGGUGUUCCCAAUACUGGCCACACAGCGCCUCCUUCAGAACCACCACGAAGGGCCAGGGUGGCAAAGUACAGGGCCAAAUUUGACCCACGAGUGACAGCUAAGUAUGAUAUAAAGGCCCUAAUUGGGCGAGGCAGCUUUAGCCGAGUGGUACGUGUGGAGCACCGGGCAACCCGACAGCCAUAUGCUAUCAAGAUGAUAGAGACCAAGUACCGAGAAGGGCGGGAGGUGUGUGAGUCCGAGCUCCGAGUGCUGCGCCGGGUGCGCCACGCCAACAUCAUCCAGCUGGUAGAAGUGUUUGAGACACAGGAGCGUGUAUAUAUGGUGAUGGAGCUGGCCACUGGCGGUGAGCUCUUUGACCGGAUUAUUGCCAAGGGUUCUUUCACUGAACGAGAUGCCACAAGAGUGCUUCAAAUGGUACUGGAUGGUGUCCGGUAUCUUCAUGCCCUUGGCAUUACACACCGAGACCUCAAGCCUGAGAAUCUCCUUUACUACCACCCAGGCACUGACUCCAAGAUCAUCAUCACUGACUUUGGCUUGGCCAGUGCCCGGAAGAAAGGUGACGACUGCCUGAUGAAGACCACGUGCGGCACACCUGAGUACAUUGCUCCUGAGGUUCUGGUGCGAAAACCCUACACCAAUUCCGUGGAUAUGUGGGCACUGGGUGUCAUUGCCUACAUCCUGCUCAGCGGCACCAUGCCCUUUGAGGAUGACAACCGCACCCGGCUAUACCGGCAGAUCCUCAGGGGCAAAUACAGUUAUCUGGGGGAGCCCUGGCCUAGUGUAUCUAAUCUGGCCAAGGACUUCAUUGACCGCCUGCUGACCGUGGACCCUGGAGCCCGGAUGACUGCACUGCAGGCCCUAAGACACCCAUGGGUAGUAAGCAUGGCAGCCUCUUCAUCCAUGAAGAAUCUGCACCGAUCCAUCUCCCAGAAUCUCCUCAAGCGGGCUUCCUCUCGUUGCCAGAGCACCAAGUCUUCCCAGUCCACGCGUUCCAGCCGCUCCACUCGUUCCAACAAGUCACGCCGUGUUCGGGAGCGCGAACUGCGGGAGCUUAACCUGCGCUAUCAACAGCAGUAUAACGGCUGAGCCACCAGCUAUGACAUGGACACACUAGUGUCUCAUCUGGACACUUUCUGCCAUGUCACCUGGGCCUAAUACCUUCUCUAUAGCUAGACCUCAUGCCCAGCAGUAUGUAGGGUAUGUCUGGACCCAGCUCCUCUCUGUACCUUUAGUAGCCCCUACCUCCUAUCACAGGCCUGGCCUGUUAGGAUGGAAUGGUGGCAGGACUGAGUCUCCACUGAUCUCUUUAAUUUUUGCCACUUUCUUGGACCAAGCGGGGCUACUGUGUUGGGUAGAAGGGUCCUAUGGCUCAGGACUCUUUACCCAUUCCUUUUAUAACCCCCUUCCCUCCACAGAGCUUUGUCUAGCUCCCACAUCCUCUGCCAUGCCAAUCCUUAAGAUUAUGCUCCAGUGGGAGGUCUGGCUUGUGCCGUAGCUAACUCGCCUCAUUAGUCCUUUAGUCCUUUAGCUCCAGUUAGUCUCCAGCAACCCUCUCUCCCCCAGCCAAGAUCUGUCUGUCUUCAUGGUGCCACCGGGGACACCUUCUAGUCCCCAGACUUGCCAGGACCUCUGGCUGUAGAGACUGUGGCAUGGCCCUUGACCUCAGGCUCCAGCCUCUCUAUGAGAGGAAUCCUGUCUGUCACCCUCCGUGCCUUUGCAGAGCCCACUGUCGCCUGUCUCUCCACCAGGAGGACGCCAUUUCAUUCCCCAGCUGCCUCCUUCCCAACAGUGAGGGGUUAAGGGAGCUCCGUGCUGCUACCUGGGGGUGGAUGUGCCUGAGGAAGGUCCUCCUCAGAACCUCCUCAUCAACCUUUGUUCUGUCCUUUGCUGUACUGCCCUUUGCUGCUUCCUUCUGGAGCUGCCUGGCCCUCCUUUAUAGCUCCAUUGCGCCACCUCGUGUCUGGUCUGGGUAUAGGUGGCCAGGGGAGGGGGUGGUGACGGAUGCACAACCUUGCAAACCCACAGCCCUCUAAACGGACUAGGAAAGAAAGGCGUUGCUGAAUUGGGGGAGAGUCCUGGGCUGCUCAACUCCUCUUCUGCUCAGUUUCUCCAAACCUCACCCUGGAACUUAGCCGUACUGUGUUACCUGCCUCUGAACCCUGGGUGCCUUGGGUGCUGACCUUGCUGUAAGAGCUGGCCUUGCCCUAUUUGCCCUGUGCCCGUUUCUUUUCAUAGCAUUAACUUUCCAGGCUGGCCCCACCGAGUCUCAGGCUGGGAGGUAGGGUAGGGUUACAGGGGCAGCUUUCCCAAGGGACUGAGCCACAACAGUCCCUAUAGCUGUCGUGGGCUCUCUACCACUGUUAGGCUGGAAUGCAACCUCCCUCCAUCUGUAGCUGCUCUCAGUGGGUAGGAAGGGGCCAGGCAGAGCCUAGCUUGGGCCUUGGCUAGAUUAAGAGCCUGUCAGCAGGAAGAGUCUAGCUCCACUCAGCUCCUCUCAGGAGGCAGCCUUGGGCGAGGCGCUCUUUUCUACAUAUGCCACCUCCACUGGGAAACUAAACCAAAGAGACCACUCUGUGCCAAGUCAACUGUGCCUUCUAUAUGCUCUCUUCACACACCCCUCCCCCUGGGUAGGAGGCAGUGGAGAGCCAAAGCCUCAGAGUUCCCCCACCUACCAGUUCCCCAGGAAUCCCUGGGGGUGUGAACCAAUGGGGAUUUAUUUUUUCUCUUGCCCAAAGUAGGUCUGGUUGUGAGGAUAAGACAGAGGGAGUUUAGUGUCCGGGCCUUUGAUAGGUCCACCAGGCCUUCAUGCCAUGGACCAUGGAUGGAGACUGCAGUUAUUUAUUUGUGUACUCUGUAAAUGUAUCUUCUGUAUCCAAUAAACAGGCUGCCCUCCCUCAGGGAAGGCUGCCAUUUUUUCUGA